AUGGUGAUCCCCGUCGAGACUUAUCUGGUGACGGCCGUCGAGUCCCUGGAAUACGAGCUCUUAAAGAGUUCCCUCGCCCGCUCCUCCGUCGUCGGGUUAGACGCCGAGUGGAAGCCUUGGUCCCGCGAGGACGAUGGCGAUGAGGGCACCGCCAAGUCCUCCGCCGCCCUGCGGUCGUUCCCGACCGUGACUCUCCUUCAGAUCGCCUGCCGGGAGGCGACGGAUCCCGCUGGUCGAGGGACGCGGGUGUUCUUGGUGGAUCUGCUCGCUCUGGAGCUCGCCGAAUUUUGGGGAACUCUGAGGGAUGUGUUUGAGUCGCCUCACGUGCUGAAGCUGGGCUUCCGAUUCAAGCAGGAUCUCAUUUACCUGUCUUCCACAUUCGCGGCCCAGGGCUGCCAUCCGGGCUUCGACAAGGUAUCAGUCCCCCCCGAGAUUAUCAUAUGGAGCUGUUGAAAACUAGAUAUUAAUCUGGGCGACCUAAAUCGGUGUAAUUGUGUGAAUUUUUUCGUCGGUUCUUUCGGGCUCUCCUUAUCCUUUUUCUACUGAGACGAGAGUCGUUCGACUUAUUAUCAUGUUCCUCAAAUUCGUCGUCAAUUCUGGCAAUUUUCGAUUCACAUCCCUCCUUCUUCGAUUGGUUCAGCUCCACCAACUGGGAAGAAUAAAGGUGCUGGCUACGUUUGUGGGGGCGGUUUUAUUUAUGUUCUUGAUUUAUUGUCGUAGUGGUAUCUCUCUGAAUUCAUCUAUUUACUUCAUCAUAUCUUAGUCUUACUUGCCAUCUCUGACUUCAAAUAGUCUUUUGAAACUCUGAGCUAAUGCACACGAAAAUUUUACCGUACUUCCUGCACAAAUGCUAUUGGUUCACAAUAAGACGAGGAGAAGGGAGGACCAAAAAUUCAGCUAUCUUACCUUUAGCAUUAUGUGGAUAUAUCAGUUGUAUGCAACAUCUCCUAAUCUCAUUGGCAACUUUAUCGGAUAAGUCUUUUGAUUUCUGAGUUGAUGCAUCAUCUGCAAUGUCGCCUGUUAAAUGACUAAUUUAUUGUAAAUCCAUGUGGACAGGUGGAACCAUUUAUGGAUAUUACUAGUGUAUACUACUAUCUGAAGACUGGUUGCACAGGAGACGGGAAAAGGCCUCCAAAGCAAUCAGAGAGUUUGGCGACAAUUUGCAAACAAGUGCUUGGAGUUGUUCUCUCGAAGGUUUGACCACCUACGACCUGUUUCACUUAUACUUAGUCUAAUUUUCCAUCAUUAUUGUGAUUAGUUUGCUGUAAGCGGGGGAAUGUUCCAAAUUUCUUUAGCAGUACUGCCAGCAUCAUAAGAAAAGAGCUCUUCUUUUUGGGAACCUCGAUCUAUCUUUCUUCAAUGGCUUGCUUCGGUUCUCCAGACAAAUCUGUCAUACACAUCCAGUUCAUCACGGAGGCAUCUUGGCAAUUUGUUAAAACUUUUAUGUCCAUAAUUUGGGAAUCAAAGCGAUUCUUGAAGCAGUCCGAUAGGAAACCGGAUAGGGUAGGGAGGAAGGAACAGAAGAAGGUCGGUUUCAAGUAGAGCAAGAAACACGAGGAAGAAUAUAUGCUGCAUUCCAAGCUUUUCAAAUCCUAGAUUGAUCUUCAACUAGCGCAUAUCCAAUCGAAAGUGAAGGUCAGAUCGUGAGUUAGCCCAAGUUUCCAAAAAUUCAUAUGGAGGACUUUAUUUACUUUUCUGCUAGUGCACUAAGUAGCGCCAUUAGUGUUGACAUCGUGUUGGUUCUUUCGAGUAAAGUAAAAAAAUAAGCCUUUAUGCGGAGUCUUGCAUAUAUAGAGGAAUACGAUUUAAACACAAAGCCUAUACGGUCUCCAAACACCUUUUUUGCCUUCUUGGCAUUCUCACGAUGUUUCUAAUCUUUGACAAACGAGGGUUAUAUGUUCACAACUAUGGCAGGUUUGUUGAGGGUGGCAUCUGCGUGUAUUUUGAAGCUGAGAGUCUGUCACUUAAAUUGGUGAAUCUUUGUGAGACUUCAGAGUGUAGGUACCAUGUCCGGGAGCUUGGAAGCUGAAAGAGAAGGGAAAAACAUCCAAAGCUUUCGAUGUAAUCUGGAUUAGUUAAAUAAAAUGGUGUCAUGAUUCUCCUGCUUUUUGAGAAUAAACUAUGACAUGGCUCAAAAACCAGAUUUCUUCUUGGAGAUGUGAAAUGUGGAACGAGGAUCCAGAUUUUUGAGGGUCCUGUCAUUGAAUCACAACCCACUGGUGCUUGGAUAUAGAAGAGAAGCCAGCGUAUCUAGAUUGUUCGUAAAGAUACCUGUCUGGAAGCACUUUGAAGAAGUUGCCCCACCGAACAAUUUUCAAAUCAGGGGAUUUCAGAAAAUCUGCGUCUCUUUGUCACCUGUUUGAUGUGGACCAAGCACCGGUUCUCUGAGCCAGGGGGACAGCAAGAACAAGAAGAGGAAGGCUGUUAUUACUGCACUUUAUGCUUCUAUGUUCCUCUUCUUUUCAGAGCUCGUUCUCCACCUAUACAAUGGAAACCCAAGAGUAGGAGCAACAUGUGGCUUAAAAAGCCAGCCGGACUAGGAUAUAUUUGCCUGAAAUCAGCCAAUCAAAGCUGAGUUACUUUUUGUAAGGUUGGUCUGGAUUCCCUUUCUGCAUUAGAAUAAAAUUAUUCCAGAAAUCAUAGGUGGCCUGCAUUCCCAUUUUAGAUUAGAAUAGACUAAUUCCAGAGAUCAUAGGUCAACUUCAGGAGAAAAACUUAAGUCAAAACAAACUGCAUUGAAUGGGAAACGAUCCGUUAAGUUGUACCUGCAAACUCGGGGUAGCAAAACCAGUCUUUAGAUGACUAGGCUGGUCAUUUGGCUCCAAGUAGAGUCAUACUCUAGUCGCAUUAUGACUUAACAGGGGAAGAUUCUUACAUAUAGUCAUAUUUCUGCUAACAAUAGUUUUAUUCAGUCACUGUUCACAGGCUUCUGGGGCAGGUCAGCAUGUGGUCACUAUAGACCUCCACCUUGAUGUUUGAUGUUUAUAUUAUCAUCUGGGAAGUGAUGGAAUCGUGAAAGAAAAGGCGCAUGUAGUGGAAUAACAUCAUAUGCUAAAUAGAGAAGAUUCAUUCUCGACUAUUCUGGACGUGUAUCCUUGUAAAAAUAAACCAUCCUCUAGAUUUAGAUUCAAAAUAAGUAUCUUUAUUUAAUGUUUGGUCUAUCAUCAUAUUUGUUAUUUUUAUGUCUAGAGAUUCUUCUCUUGAAUGAUAGCCAAGUGAUUCUUAUAAUUUUCUUAUUUCCUUAUUGAAGGACAAAUCUGAUGCAUGCUAUGUACAUCCAGGAACUCCAAUGUAGUGACUGGUCAAUUCGUCCUCUUACGGAUGAACAGAAACUGUAUGCAGCUGCAGAUGCUUACUACUUGCUUGAAAUAUUCGAUGUGUUUCAAUGCAGUUUUAAUCACCAAGGUAUGUCUUUCGUGAUACCUGACCAUAUGUUAGAUAUCACAUUUUCCGCUUUAACUUUACAGUUCUAAAGAACAAUAUAAAGUUGACGAAUUUAAAAUGAUUUAUUUUGUCUUCAAUGACUACCCUGGAUAGAUAUAUUGUUUUGGUGAUUUUCACAUCUCUGCUUUUCUCUCUCUCUCUCUCGCUCCGUGGACAUGCAUGUGAUGAAAACAUCAUGCUGUAUACAUUAAACAUAUCUAAAAGUGCCAAUGUACAGAAAAUACAUUUUUGUUUCGCGGGAAUUCCAUCCGUUUAUGUGAUGAGUUAUGACUGAUAAAUCCUUGAUCUCGCCUGUAUUUUAAUAGAACUCUUUCAAUUCUGAUGUGAUCCCACAAGCUUCCCUGAAAACUCUAUCUAACUCAAACCCCUGUCCAGUACGUUGGGAAGUUUUUCCAUAUAAAGUUGUCCAUGUUAGGACAAAAAAUACAAUUUUUGAAAUCAGAGUAUUGGCUUGGAAACUGCCCUUUGAUAUGAUCAUUGGCAACCAUCCCUAAGGACGAAUCUCAUGUUAAUUUCAUACGUGAACUACCAUAACCACGGUUAAUUAUUUAAAUGUAAGACAGGAACGAGCACAUGGUUCUAAACCCUCUCACUAAACAUGAGACGUUUCUGGUUAAGAAUUUUGGUUGAAAACUCAUAAGUCUAUUGGCAAAGGGAUUCUUAAAAAUGUCAUUUUUCUGUCUCUGACAGCACUAGUGAAUCACUUGCAUGAUUCAAGUUACAGUGAGUGUAGUUGUUAAGGUGUUGUUCGAAGUGUUGAAUGUAUAGGCGAGUCAUUCGUAGUCAAAGGUGCAAAAAUCUGGGGACAUACCUUCUUUAUUUUUCUUAGAAGACCCUGUGCUGCUAUAAUGUGGCUUAUGACCAGCGUUUCUUAUUACUUUCUGCUAGUAUUUAGGACAGUAAUUUUAUCUUAAGAUAGCACCUCUAAAAAUAUUUUCUUCAUCUCGGUCAAUGAAAUAACCUGAUAGAUUCAACUGAUUAGGAAACCAUACAGAAAUUGUAUCAAUCAAUUUUGGGUAUCUUGAUUUCUGUCUAUAAAAUUUUGGGUAUCAAUCAACUGAUAGCUUGGGUAUCUUCUAUCAAUCAAUGAAAUUUUGGGUAACUAGUGAGGCAUGGAUUUAUUCCAUCAUCUAUGUACAAACUUAUAAAAGUUGUACAAAAUCCUGCAUAUGUUCCUUUUUGUGGCAUAGCUGUAGACGGACGGAUAUUCGUAAAGUAUUUAUUAUAAAACUUCUUCCACUUUACGCCCUAUCAUAGUUCUCAGGAUUCAUUGAAAUAUGCAAAUGCUAGAUAAAAGGCAGUUUCUUAUAUCGACCAAAAGUAUAUGAGUUACUGAUGACAAAAGAUGAUCACGUCUCUGGGAGUUUAUUCUUUUAAAUACUUAAUAUUUCCCAAAUUUAUCGUAUUUUUAUUUUAUAUGGUUUUAUUAUAUUAUAUUAAUUUAGUCUCUUUAUCUUCUUUACUUUUCUUUCUCUCCUUAAAGAUAUUGUAGCUGAUAUCAAAGUCAUCUCUCUUUCUUUUAUUUUUCCUUUCAUCAUUCCUCAACGGAUUUCGUAGAUUGAUGAUUCCUAAUAUAUACAUAAGCUUUGAUGCCAUAAGACUUACCAAUCUGAAUUAACCCAACCCCGAAUUCAUGGAUAAGAUUUAUGGUUUAGAUUGUGAUUUAUGCUAUGCGAACUACUUGCAUGUUAUGUCACAUUUCCGUCGAAGAGGCUAUCAUCCCACACUACAUAGCAGGGCUAGUAUGCUAGUUUUCAUACUAGGACUUGAUUAUUGGCGGGGUAACCUUGAGAAAUGGGUCAGAUUGAAUUUUACUUCAAAGAAUAAGUGGGAGGUGCACUUAUAUAAAAAGUUGUUCACCUGGUAAGUGACAUUUUCUAUUACUUAAUUGGCUUUAAUUUAAUUUCUCCACUUUUGUAGUUGCUGUCUUUUAAAUAAUUAAAGGAUCAGAUUCUUAUUUUUUAUUUUUAUGAAUUUUACCGAUUAGAUCAACAUAAAUGUGAGACAACAAACUUAAUGAGCAUAGCAUGGCACGCAAUUCGAGAUGGUCGGCCAUGGUUUCAAAGACUUCUCUCUUGAAAUUUAGUUUCUUCUCGGUUCACAGUUUUUUCUAUCAAUAGAAUGCCAUGUAUUUUUUCUGCUGACCCUUGAAAUCGAGCUCGUUAUCAUACGAACUCCCCAGCCUUUUAUUCUCUUGUCUCAAAAGGCCACUAAAAUGGACCCUAGCUUGAAAAGAUAAUUCUUCCGAUCAUGGAUAUGCCAAUGGUCUAGGAUUGGUCUGUUCACAAGUCAGAGUUCGCUCAGAAGGCGCUCAAUUUUCUUCUUGUGAAAAUGGUGUACCAAUUAGAUGAACUACGUGAGCAUGUGCUUUUGCAUCAUUUAAGUAACCUAAGUGUAGGGAAUUCUGAACCUGUAGGAAGGCCGAAGAAGGUUCAUUCAUUCUUCAGUCCUCAAUCAUGUGACUGAAAUAGGAUAAAAUCCUGGCAAAAAUCAAAUGCAUCUACGGGGUUGAAUCUUAGUUCUCGGAAAAUAGUUCGCUAUGAAGUUUCCUUUGUUAAAUAGAUUCACUUAAUGUUGUUUGAUCGUCUGUGCCGUGUUCAUUAUUCAACAAUAGACUGCAUUAUUAUUAUGUUUUCUAGAAUUGCAAUUAACUCUGCUGCAGAUGAAUCUCUUGCCGACAGUUUGGAGGUCUAUUCAUCUAGAGUGAGCUCUGGGUUGAAAGAUCUUUUCAAGGCACCGGUUGUCUGUGAUAAUGUUUUGGGAAUCAAGUUUGGCAGAGCAAGCGAUAUCGUAAAAUCAAGUGGCUAUGCUCUCCCAAGUGUCCCCCUUUCUUCAGAAUCCACAUCCACACCUUCACUUGAAUCGACUCUUCCACUGGAUAUCUCCCUGUCAGGAAUUGUCAGAAAAUACGGCGAAAGGAUUCUUUUGCAAGAGUCGGAAAGAAAACCAAGGACAUCAAAACGGAAAGGGAGAAGGCAGCCUUCAGCAUCUUGGAAAUCUAAAGAUCAUCUGGCAAUGGUCAGUGAUUGGCAGGGUCCCCCACCAUGGGAUUCAGCUGGUGGGGGGGACGAAUGCCCAAGGUUUCUGUGCGAUGUAAUGGUACGAGCUUUUUGAUUCCACCACGUGUUUUCCUUACUAAAUUUAUAUGUUGACCAUAGUGUAUGAGAGUCUCAGCUAAGUUAUUCUCCCUGAAUAGAACAAAUAGAGCUUAUCAGGCAGAACAUUGGCAGGUAGAAGGUUUAGCAAAAUAUUUGCGAUGUGUUGGAAUUGAUGCUGCAAUUCCUUCUGUGAAAAAGCCCGAACCAAGGUACUUUCAUUGGACAGACUCUUUUUUUUUUUUUUUUUUAACUUCUUCGUGGAAAGUAACAUUUAAAUUGUAUGAGAUGAUUGAAUGUUGCAACAAUCGCCUUGCCCUCAGGCAGUUGAUAGAACAGGCGCACAAAGAAAAAAGGGUUAUUUUAACGCGAGAUGCAAAGCUUUUGAAGCAUCAGUAUUUGAUAGGCAAUCAAGUAUAUAAGCUGAAAAGUUUAAUCAAGAACGACCAACUAUUGGAGGUAUAUUUCUCCUUGCAUGCUAAAUUAUUGUGAAAAAAAAUUAAAUCAACUUCUUUGUUCUUUCUUCAGUGGUUUUCUUCUUUUAUUCUCGAUUAAAAAAAAAAAUCAGAUAAGAGAAACUCGUUACUAUUGCUCAAAAUGAAACCCAUCAAUUCAUCAAAGAUUUUCUCUUUAUUUAUCGCCAGAAGAGGGUAUUUCAUCUGAACAUAGCAAGUCUUGAUUUUUCCCGGAUUUUGGCAGAUGUUACCCAAGACUUUCAGGUUUGACUUCUUACCCAGGGAACGGUGACAGCUGGAUAUAUGUGGGGCAAUGUUUCCCGAAUGAAAGGACUAACUGGGGGAAACAAAAUUGGUUUUCUUUCAUGAGAUUUUCCUAGGAAAUGGCGUAUUAUCCUCCAAAGUUCCGAAAUUACUGAGAAACAAUUCACCAAUAGACUUGCGUUUGAUGGCAGGUGAUUGAAACCUUCCAGCUGAAAAUCUCCGAGGAACAGCUUAUGUCACGUUGCUCUAAAUGCAACGGUCGUUUCAUUCAGAAACCAUUGAGUAUUGAAGAAGCCGUUGCAGCUUCAAAGGGUUUCCAAGUGAUUCCCAAUUGCCUCUUCAAACGGGACUUAGAAUUCUGGCAGUGCAUGGACUGUGGCCAGCUUUACUGGGAGGUGCCCUCUUCUCUUCAAAGGGUUUCAUUCACAUACUCCAUGCGACACGCCAUUUUCUUAUAGAACAAGAAUCCAUCACUUGAUCAGCGCCUUAUUUUAUGUAGUUCUUUUCCAUGUGCAGGGAACCCAGUACCAGAAUGCCGUCCAGAGGUUCACCAAUGUCUGCAAGUUGACCGACUGA